GUCAAUUACGUCAAAAAAGUUCUGUCAUUUGAAAACACGUCAACGAAUGCCGAGUUGUGUUUUUGUUAAAAUUACACUAAAAAGAAGAAUAAAUAACCAGAAAAAUGGUGCACACAACGAUGGAAGGAUCUCUAUUCGAACCGACGCUUUACAUCGUGAAAGGCAUGUGCAUAUUGGAUAAUGAUGGCAACAGGAUCCUGGCUAAGUAUUACGAUAAAGACGUUCUGCCCACCGCUAAGGAACAGAAGGCUUUUGAGAAGAAUCUGUUUAAUAAGACACAUAGAGCUAAUGCGGAGAUCAUCAUGUUGGAAGGUCUGACCUGUGUGUACAAGAGCAAUGUAGACCUCUUCUUCUAUGUCAUGGGCAGCUCACAUGAAAAUGAGUUAAUCCUUCAAUCAGUACUGAAUGCGCUGUAUGAGUCGGUCAGCAUACUACUGAGACGGAACGUGGAGAGAAGAGUGCUGUUGGAUAACUUGGAUGCUGUCAUGCUUGCUUUUGAUGAGAUCUGCGAUGGAGGUGUGAUUCUCGACUCAGACCCCACCUCCAUAGUGGGCAGAGCAGCACUGCGCACCGAGGACGUCCCCCUCGGGGAGCAGACCGUGGCCCAGAUACUACAGAACAUUAUGAAUAUGUAAGCGAAUCCGGGGGCAAUAGUUUGACAUACGUAAAAACCAUCGUUAAUUUGUAAAAAUGUAGUUAUUUAGUGCUUAUUAAAAAAAACUAACAUUUUUAUUUUAUUUUUUCAUUUUUUUUCUCAUUUGCUACCCCUUUUCAUCGGCUGUAGGUAUGGCUUUUUUCUUUUGCUUGUUUUUUUGUACAUUUUUUUCUUUUAAAGUUAUGCAUUAGUUAGCUAUAUUUUUCAUUAAAUUGCAUACAUUUUGGUACUGUUGGACUGGUGUAGGAAUUAAAUGCUUUGUAACAUAAAUGUAGAUAAAAUUAGUACCUUAUUACAGGAUUAUUUCCGAGUUCCAAUAUGAACAUACCGUUAUUUAAAUAGUUUCAAUAGAAAAGUGGAUAUUUUUAUAAAGGAAUGGAACAGGGUUUGUAUAUUUUGAAGUUAUUUUCAUAAACUUCUCAAUUGAUGAAAUUAAAAAACUACAAAGCCCAUAUUUUGUCUUAGCAAAAAAUUUGGACAUCUAUUUUUUUUUACAAAAAAUUCUUCACAGUAUGGAAAGUAGUCUUACCUAGGGGUAUUGGGUUGCCUAAGUAACUGGGUUGAGGAGGUCAGAUACGCAGUCGCUCCUUGUACUGGUACUCAGCUGCAUCCGGUUCGACUGGAAGCCGACCCCAACAUAGUUGGGAAAAGGCUCGGAGGAUGGUUAUGUAUUUGUGUAAAAAGUCCUAUUAAGAUUGUUGACCUUUAGUUAAGUGCAUGCAAAUGGAUUAUAAUUACUUUUUCUUUUCAACAGGCCUAUGAUGUAACUACUGUUACCUUCUGGCUUUAUUUGCGCAGAAAAUAUAUUUAUAAUUUUACUCGAAGAUUUUUUUUUGUUGCCAAUACAGGACAAUAUUGAUUCAGAUGUCCUAUCUUUAAAUAAUUAAACUGUUAUAUAAUAGUUUAUUCUUUUAUUUAUUGAUUUAGGAACUUGAAACAAGAGGAAAAAAUAUAUAUUUUAAUAUUUUUUUGAAUUUUGUAUGUUCAAGUUCAGACAAUAAUAAAAAUAUUUUUAAAUUCUCAUAAUUUAAAAAGGGCUCGAAAAGCUUUACUGAUUUGGAAGGAUCCAUUUUUUUCAGAGUCAAGAAAUAAUUAAAAUGUAAUAAAUUCUAUACAUAUGUUAGUUUUUCUUAUUUUCAGGUGUUACAAUCGGCGAAGGAGCAACUGAAAUGGUCCCUGUUAAAAUAAAUAAAUAAAAAACUAAUAUAUUUCAUUUAUAAUACAAUUUAAUAAAUAAUUGUA